GUUGCUAGCAAUCGACAUAUGCUGCGUUCUACUCUGCAUACCAAUUACCAAUAUUACCAUACACAGUCACCUUAAUACAAUUUAAGGUUAUGUAUUCAUUUGUUAUUGUUUAUCUUUAUUCAAGUGUUUACUACAAUAAUUUCCCCAAUUUCACUAACAACACAACAGAUUCCUUAUUAAAUAAAACCGCAUUAAGGUUCUGUUAAAAUGGGCAAACAAAUAGUGUCGAAAUUCGACAGCCAUCAAAAGUUGCUGUUGUCGAAGAAAAAGGGUGGCAAAUCCCUGCCGAGUAAAUCCAAGAAGAGCAGAAAGAAAAUCUUGAAAACCGAAGAUUUUCAGACUAAAUUAGAAGAACUGAAGGCCAAGGAGCGCAGUCUGGAAUGGCAAGACUUAAAGAUUGAAAUAUUAACACAUCCGACAUCAAACAGGCAAUAUUUGGCUCUGGAUAAACGAGAUGGUGAUUUGUUUAGUCAUGAUGAUCUUAAGGCCAGGCCUGAUCAAUUUACAAACUACAGUUUCAUACAUACACUAUUUGAUGAAAUCAUGCUGGAAGGCCUAGAUGGAAUCACAUUAGAAGCAUUAUGGAAAAGAAUAAAUCAUACCCUUAAAGUGGACCGAAUCCCCUAUAGAUUCCAGGAGGCUUUCUGGAACAUCAUUUGCCUCAAUGAAAAAAUUAAAAUCUAUAAAUUACCUUCUCCAAGGGAGGACUUGCUGCUUCCGAAAACUGAAGAAGAGAUUCAUAGUGAUUUACCAUACAUUUAUUCGACUGAAAUUCCUCAAAAGUUUGGAACUUCGACAGUCGAAUGGGGCUGCUGUAGCAACCUGAAUCAGAGAGUCGAUAUAUCAACACGGGCUAGAAUGAUGUCUUUGCAAGAGGCGAUUAGUUAUGGGAAUCAGUUGGUGUUAGUGGCUGAUGCAGACCUAAGGAGAAGUGCGCUAUUUGGGGAAAUAGCCGAUCCCACAUUGGAAUUAUUACCAAAUGAUUAUUGCUUACUAGAAAUUAUUGGGAGAGCCAGGGAUUAUGGUAAAACUACUUUGGGUCCGGCAGCUUUACAACAUUUGUUAAAAAUGGACUCGAGAAGCCUCUUUUUACAAACCCAAAGGUUGGUAAAGGAAAAUAUUGUGACCAAGCAAUAUUUCUUCGACAAAUUUGUCGGUUACGAUGAAAAGGUGAAAAGUGGUAGACUGUACCAUCUAAGGAGGUUUUACUUUAGGAGACGCUCACAAUACCAAGUAAUAUUGGAAAAUAUUGUGGAUUACUUAAAAAAAUGCCCCGAAUAUCGAGCUCCUUAUCGCACGGUUAAGGCGCGAUUUUUCACCGAUCACCCUAAAAUCCGGAAAUUUCCCGAGUUUAUUAAACUUUUGGACACCUCGUUGAAAUUGCCGGUAAGAGAAGUAUUCAAAAGUGUGGAGCAUAUGUUAUUAAAUGGCAUAACACCGCGAGAAACCACUGUGCAAUUAAUACGGUUAAAAGACCCUUACGUGAAUGUACAGGCCAGCUGGAGGUAUGAGGUCCAAGGAGAUGAGUCUCCCGAUGAAGACGAUGAUGACGAAGGAGCUGAAUCUAACCUGAAAACCCGCCGUUACGUUUUCAACAGGGAUUUAUUGCGGGACGUUUACCUUUAUAUUUUAUCGAAGGGGAAAGAGGGAGCGGUCACUGCCGAGGUACAUAGACAUUUCGAGUGGGACUUCUCGUAUGCCAGGGUCAUCAUUAAGCGGCUUUGCACCCGAAACUUGGUAAAAGUUACCAAAAGGGAUGUUGGGAAACAAACCACUAAUCAUUACGUAGCUGUGGCGGCAUUAUUAAACCCGGACAUCCAAGCAAACCAGAAAAUCCAUAGACCCCAGACCAGCAAAGCUCUGGAAAAGCUCAAAAUGAGGCAGAAAAAAAAGAUCGAAUCCCUCCCCAAAGAAAUGGUGUACACGUUAGAUCAAUACAAAUCUGACCGGACCUUUAACCAGAACAUUGAGAAACUACCGAUGCAAAUCGCCUUUCCGAUUCCACAAAUUGUAUGUCGUUUUUUGAUCUCUGACUUACCGAAAACCCUCUUCGAAGAAAAGUUUAACGCGUUUUCCCUGAAAAUGCCCUUAAACUUAUUCCUACCAUUUACCAUCAAAUUAACAAUUCCCACUGUGGCUGAAGAUAUCCCACGAGUAAUCUUAGAAAUAGCCUCACACGAAACGAGACACAGGAAGUAUUUAAUAGAGAAUAAUGAUAGUUCUAUUAGUAAAGUUCUCAGUAUGGAAUUCAAGCCGUGUUACUUCACCAAAGCGUUUUUGCUAAAGAGUCUCUUAGAUAAAACGGAAAUUAGCGAAAAAGAGAUUUUAGAGCUGCUGUGUGUGGAUAACGGGGUGCCGAAAGAACCGCAAAAACGCCCGAGGGAACAAAUUCAAAUCGACGUUGAACCGGAAUUUAUUAAAAAUUUUCACACGAUCGGAGGUGUUAAGAGGCAGAUCUCCCUUAACGACGUGAUGGGUGAAGAGGUUUUGAUUCAUGUGGAGAAAAAUGAGGGGAGCGAGUUCGUUCUGGAGGCGUAUUCGUCCAAACCUAAGGGAAAACUAAGAAAAGGAGACAUAUCUACUUACACCCCCGAUCCAACGGAUACAUCUUUAACAGAGCGAUCAUUAUCAAGAAUCAAGUUCGUACUGAAAUAUUUACAGGAGCACAAAAUGGUGGACAACAUAAACACAUUGACCAAAGAAAUUCAACGUUUGGAAGCCACUAAGGGGUACAAAAAGAAAAUCGACAAAAGAACGCUAUGGAGAAUCUAUCAGAAACUGGUAGCAGACGGUUACGUGGUGAUCUAUAAAAUCGUUUUGCACAAAACGGACUUUAGGAAGACUCACACGUUCGUUUGCCAUCCGGAGAUCACGUUCGAUCAUUCGAUCUUGCAAUGGUCGCUUAGUCAAGUAAAGGAAAUUACGAUCAAUCACGAAUGUGUGACCGUCGGGAGUAAAGUGACUAAAAAAGAUGAGAGCGAGCCGAGUACUAGUCACGAGCAUCGUUCAUCCUAUUUUACCGGUGCGGACAUCCUAAAAAGUAUCACCGAAAUGCGACAAAUGACCAAAAACGCCCAUAAACCGUUAAAAAUCCGAAUGUCGGGCAAAAUGGGAAAAUAUUACGGACGUAAGCCGAAAUUCGCCGCAUUGUCGAUCAUUCACGAGUUAGUUUUCUAUCUGGUGUACGAGUUGGACAAAAAGGCACAACCUAUAAGUAAGGAAGAGGUGGUCGAACUGUUUCAUAGUUAUAAGAUAAAUUUGACAAACAACGAACUAUCCAGCCUCCCGCCGGUUUAUUGCAAAGAAAUCUCUUGGAGAACCUUCAUUCCACCACUACCGGUCCAUUGGCAAUGGGAAGACGGUUGGAUGCUUUUGGCCGACGUCAUUUUAAGGAUGCCGUUGCUAUUGAUCGCCCAAUGUCACACUAUCACCUUCGUUUGCGAGGAAUUGCAAGAGCUUUUGCAACAUCCCAUUAAACGACUGUAUCAGCUGAGAUAUCUCCCGUCAACGAUCCAGAAUCUGCUCGCCAACCGUCGAAAGUUGAUCCAGACGAUGCACAGUCACAUGAUCAUGUUGGGGUACUUGGGGCUGGUCCAGUUUGGCCCCAGUACAUUUAACGAUAGAAAUAAGUCGUUCUUUUAUAUUAACCGUAAGGCGAGUUUAUGGGAUACGACCACGUCUGAGCCAGGGUUUUUUACGAUCGAACAGAAGGAGUAUCCCGUGUUACACUUUAAUUUUAGGAAGACCGACGAUGUGUUGAAUUUUUGGAGUACUAUGCAUCAAAUAUGCAUAAACACCAACUUAACCAACCGAUCGGCCAGCAUAGGCCAAAGAUACACGAUAAUAGAUCCAGCGGCGAAUCCGAACCUAGCAAAAACCCGAAUCAUUCGUACCUACAAGGAUGCCCCACAGAAUGACUUGGGAGAGCUUCCAGGUGACCAUAAAGGGGCUGGAGGCUUAGAUUCCAGCUUCUGGUCCCAUCUGCGUAGAAGCUGGGUCUAUUUAUUAUCGAAAAACUCACUUCCGUUCGCCAAAUCGUUUGAUAUCCUUAAAUUCGAUGACUUGGUGAAUAGUGAAGCGAAAUUCGACAGUUUAAAACUGAUUCCAACCACGUCGGGUCAAAAGAUGCUGCCGCCCGAGAAGUAUUUUAUCAGCAAGCAGGUGUUGAGUAACUUACCGCCGAAAACGAGUUCGAAAGCGUCAACUUUACGGAUCAGUAAACGGACGCCGGUUCUUAAGAAGACGGUGAUGCCCCGGAAAGAUUUGAAAUUGCGUUCGGUGCCGAGAUUCGACGCGGUCGAUAGGGCGUUAAGGAGGAAGUAUCCCGGCAGGUAUCGGGUUAGAUGGAGUGCCGAUGAGGAUAAGAUUUUGAUACUAAUGAAGAUGGCGGACAUUUUCAUAUCACCGGGCACUUUCAAGCAAAUGGUGUCGUAUGCCACGAUGAGAGAUGUCAUGCAUAUAGUUUGCCCUUCGAGUCAGGAUAAGCAUUCCAAAAUACUACAAAACCGAAUAAAAAUCCUGCGUAAAAGCAUAACGUUCUUAGGACACGGCGACAAUUCGCAAGCCCAAUUCGUCAUCUCAAACUUAUCCAAACUGCCUGGUAUCGCUCAAUAUUUUUUACCAUUUAGGACCAAGAUAUCCGAACAAGCAAAACGUAUCGGGUUUUUCCGGUACUCAAAAAACGCAAACGAUUUUACGAAAAUUUUUAUUUACCUCGUGGACUAUCUGCUCAAGCACCAAAAGGAGGUGCAGAACUGUUUCCAGGGAAAUUAUGCCAAUAUAGAUUAUUUCAACCAAGAAAAUCUGCCGUAUUAUAGGGAGCAAAUUGUACCGUUUCAAAAAGUCGAAUCGUUUUAUAAAGAGCCAGUAGACCAGUACUGUAUUAGAAAAGUCACUUUAACAAACACUGUGCAUGGCGCCUUGGUUUAUAAAAAGGAACAUUUGAUUGCUGAUGUUAGUAAGGGAAUUUCCCUUCAAGCCUACAAAGUCUACCAGAGAUUCUCAAACGAAAUCCUGAAAAAUCUCAUCGAAGAAAUGCGCCGUUACCGAAUGAUCCAAAUGCGAAAACGCAAAGGCGCCAACUUCUUCCACUCCUACCGGCUCUCCUUGAACUAUAUUACCGUCCAAAAUGUCCCGUGGUGGUACGAAACUAUGGAGAGCGCCUACAAAACGUUUCUCCACUUAAAAUACGAUCAGAAAAUGUGUUUUGAUACGAAUAUGGAGUUUAGUCAACGCACUAAGUUUGGACAACUAAUAGGAGUCAACGAGGUGCUCACUUUUCAACCUCUGAGCAACAUAGAUCUAAACAUUAAAUAUCCCGAAUAUCAUUUGGUGUUAAAUCCAGACAUCGAAGAUCAUUCCGAGGUUAUUGACGAGUUAGCUAAAAGAUAUCACGCCAAAUGCUUGAUUGAGCUUAAAGGGUUGCAAAAACCCGCUGGUUCAAGUACCAAACGUGCCGAAAGUAAUGAAGAUGACGAGGAUGACGUGGAAAUGGUUGAAAUCUUCGACCCACAACCGUCAACUUCCAAACAACAACCGGAAACUGUGGAAAAAGAAUUGGAUGCAAUUAAUUUAGAUGAAGAUGAACCCUUGGAUUUAUCGAUUAGUGCCAAAGAGAGUGCCGCUAUAGAUAAUUUGAAGCAUUGGAUUUCGGACUGUAUAGAUUUGGAUCGUGUCAGAAGCCCCAGUCCUGAGCUGUUCAAUUUCGAUUCGACAAAUACUGAAAUUAAGACUGAACAAGAGGAGCCUGUGGAUAUUAAGGAGGAGAAUGAGGAACCGAAAAAGUUAUUGAGUGUUGAAGAAAUUAUCAAAGAAAUGCUUAAUCCCAGCACCGACUGCAAAGAACCACGUACAGUACCGUACAUAUCGGAUUUAGUGAAUCUCCUAUUCACAAUUUACGAGGAGGGCGACAUAAAAACGGACGAAACUAAAUCCCUCGCUUUGAUAAAGAAACACUUCGUCAAACAGUAUCCCCGAAUAGAAAAUGUCUCCGUAAAAGACAUCGAUCGGCAUUAUUUGGCCGAUUACAUUGAAAAUAGAACGUCCAUAAAAGAUGUUUGGGUUAAUGUUGAAAGGGAGUCUUAUGUGGAAGAUCCAAGCGAUAAAGCAGUGGCAUUUAAGGAAAUUUAUGCCAAAGGAGGAGACGUCCAAGAUUUGACCACCGCUUAUGAAUUAUUGGAAUUUAUUGAGGAGCAAGGGAUGCUCGGGGCAGCCGGUUAUGAGAUAAAGGAAAAAUUCAUGCAGCAAGAGGGCCGCUGCACUUUAGAAUUAAUAUUACAAAUCUUAACUCGUCACCAUCUUUUACUAAGAACUGGGGUGUGCUCGGUGAGGUACGUCCAUUUCAAACACAGAGAACCCUGGCUUACGGAAACCUUCCGUAUGACCGCCGAUCAUAUAGCCCAAAUCGCAGACGGCAAAGUGUUAGACGACAAUUUGGUGUGGUACAAAAUGAACCCAUUUCCAUGGACGAACAUAGAGGGCGCCUUCGACAGUAACGUGUUUAAAGUAUGGAUGUCCAACGUGUUUUCUUACUGUAUCGAACACCCUAAGGUUAUGUUUAUGGACUUGUGUGCGAAGUUUUGCUAUAUAAAGCCUUAUGAUUUAUUUUAUUUGAUUGAGAAAUUACAAGAAGUAGGUGCGUUAGAAUUGCGAAAGUAUGUGGUGCCGUCAGAAAAUAUUUUUUCCGAGUAUCAACUGCCGGAGGAGCGUUUAGCCUCGCCUUUGGACAAAUUUGAAGAUAUGUACAUAGAAACACAUAAUGUUAGUUUUACAAUGCUAGGUUCGUUUUUUCAUAAUAUUUAAGGUUCUAUGGAUGUUUGUUGAUUAAAUAAAAUGACUUUUUAAAUAAUAUAAA